UAGUAAAUCAGUUGAUGAUUUGAUCUUAAACUGUACGUUUUUGGGAUAAGUAGUUUUUAUUUAUUUUUUGGUCGAUGGUGGAGCUUCAAGCUUGUGCUUCUGAUUUGGUUAAUCCAUGUGGGUUAUGUGCUACAAUAGACCAUGAAUCCAAAGGGGAGAAUGUGAAUGUUAUUGCACAAAUGGCUGAUGAGUUACAAAGAGAGAGACAGAGAAAUGCAGAGCUUAUGGAGAGAAUAUCAUUUCUUGAAGCUAAAUUGUUAGAGGAAAGAGUUAAGGAUUCCCAACUUGCUGAUAAACUAGGAAGUUGUUCCAAGACAGUGGGAAGAAGUUUCAAGAGGCUUAAGAGAAGCAAAGAAGAACCAGGUAGAAAUCAUCGUAAUGUUGAGAAAAAUGAAAUACUAAUGAAGGAUGGAACUCACCUCUUGUCUUCAAAAGAUACAAAUCUCGAGGAUCAAUUGGUUAGUUGGAUGAGUAUGGAUGAGACACAGUUUGUGCAUUGUGAAAAGUUAAAGGAAUGUGAUAUAAGAGUAGAUCGCGUAGAUACAGAUGAAACUGAUGAAGAAGAUUAUUAUUAUCAUGAGGGGAGGGAAAUUCCUUCUGACAUCAAGGAUUGGGAAAUUAAUGGAAACUCCAAAAGUGCCAAUGAUGCUAAACAACAUAUAUACCUCGAUUCGAAUUCAAGAUACUUGGCGAAUCACUCUGAUGCUGAAAACAUUCAAACAAAAGCUAAAGAAUAUGGAAAAAUACAGGAGCCUAAAAGUGAGCUAGAAGAUAAAAGUGAAAAGAAUGAAAUCAAAAAGUUUGAACUGUAUGAUAGAACACCAAACAUCCUUGUAUCUGGGAAUGAAGUUUGUAAAGUAGGAUCUCGAAAUGUAUCGCUUCAAAAAAAGCCUCCAAAGUUAGCCUUCUGUCCUAAAGAAGUAAAGAGAAUUAUUGAAUCGGAAGUCUUGCUGCAGAAAAAUGCUCAGUCUCAUACCAUGAGGAAAAUAAUAGUCUUUUCAUGUCUUGGUAUAAGGCAUGGGUGUGAGGAGAUAUACGAUUUGGACUUCAAUCAAUUCAGUGUUUUAAGGAAAGGAGAGCCAUUCAUUUCUCCUCAAAAUCCUGGGGUAAGUAUCUCAAGAUUUGUUAAAGUUGUGCUUCAGAACUAUCCAGUGGUCGGUACCACGCUCACUUUAAACUGA